AUUGGAGAAUCUGCGCUCACCUGUCUGCAUGGAAUUAGCCGAAACUGGAACCAUCCAAUACCUCGUUGUGAUGCUCUCUGCGGAGGAAAUAUAACAGCAAUGAAUGGCACUAUUUACUCCCCUGGAUAUCCUGAUGAGUACCCAAACUUCCAAGACUGCCUAUGGCUGGUCAGAGUCCCUCCCGGAAAUGGAAUAUACAUCAACUUCACAGUCCUUCAAACUGAACCGAUUUACGACUUUAUAACUGUAUGGGAUGGGCCAGACCAGAGUUCUCCCCAGAUCGGGCAGUUUAGCGGCAACACAGCUCUGGAAUCUGUUUACAGCACAUCAAACCAGGUCCUUAUAAAGUUUCAUAGUGACUUCACAACCAGUGGGUUCUUCGUACUCAGCUAUCACGCUUACCAGUUGAGAAUAUGCCAGUCACCUGCUCCAGUGCCAAAUGCUGAAAUACUGGCAGAAGAUGAUGAAUUUGAAAUAGGGGACAUAAUACGAUAUCAGUGUGUUCCUGGCUUCACCUUAGUUGGCAAUGAAAUUUUGACUUGUAGACUGGGCGAGCGCCUUCAAAUGGAUGGGUCCCCACCCUCAUGUCAAGUGCUAUGCCCGGCCAAUGAAAUACGCGUUGACUCGACAGGUAUCAUCCUAAGUCCUGGCUAUCCUGACAGCUAUCCCAAUCUUCAGAUGUGUGCAUGGAGCAUUAGCGUGGAGAAGGGUUACAAUAUAACCUUAAUCUUUGAAUUUUUCCAUACUGAAAAGGAGUUUGACGUGCUGGAAGCUUUCGACGGACCAAACAGCCACUAUCCACUGUUGAUUUCUUUAAGUGGGGAUUAUUCGUCUACAUUUAACAUAACCAGCAGCGGG